AUGGCGCCGCCAGCCUCCAGGAGCUCCCCCUCGCGAGCUUCCUCUCGCGCCGCCUCUCUUCCUGCUUCUCCUCGUCGCCACCAACCGCUGCUCCGCCUCCCCUCUGCUCCCUCCGUCCCGGCCGUCGUCGACCUCAUCUCGGCCUCGCCCGUCGCCUCUGCUGUCCUCCUCGACGUCCUGCUCGUCCUCGCGUGGGACUUGGACGAGGAUGAUGGUUGGGGGAAGAGGAGGAAGAUAGACUAUACUUUCGACGACCCGUACGAUCGAGCGUAUGGUGACGACGAAGAGUAUGAGUAUGUCUCUGGGGAAGAUGUGGAUGUGGACCGCGGCAACUUCGCCUCCUUCAAAGAGAAGGAAGAGGAGAAGAUCAGGGUCAAGGGCGUGGAUUACUACUACAAGAGCAGGACCAAAACUUGGCGCUGCCCCUACUGCACCACCAAGCCAAAGCCAAAGUCCGGCCACUUCGUUCACCUUCUAGCUCAUGCAGAAGAUGUGGCCAUCCACGGCGAGGACUACAAGAUCAUGGGGCAGCAUGCUGCCCUAGCCAAAGUCAUGUCUCCCCUUCCCUGAUGUUAUGAUGUUAUGAUGUGUUUUAAGUACUUUAGGUUGUUUGCUGAACUAUGUGGGUGAACUAUGUUUGUGAACAAGAUGUGGGUUACCUUUUGGUGGUUGGAUGAAUUUUAUAUGCAUGUGGCUAUCUAUGUUGGGUAUUUUUGUGUUUUUAAAUUUAUCUGCUAUGAUUUGUUUCAGUGUUUUGAAAGUUCAGGUGUUGCAAUGAUCACACAUAUGCUGCAAAUAUGCUGCAAUCCAUCAUUUUAUCAAGGGUUCCCUUUUAUCAAAUAUUCCAAUAAUAGAGCAAAAGACAACAUUAAUAUAAAAACUAUAGGCCAAGUUUAUAAUUUUUGAAUUAAUCUUCAUAUUUUUACAUUUUCUUUUGAAAACAUAUGCUUUAAUAUAAAAACUAUUAAAA